GUGGCUUUUCCCAACUUGAUUAUCGUUUCUAAGACGGAAAUGGAAUGGAAACAAACAGUCCGUACAAUGACGGGGGAAUCGUCCAUUUUCACGCCAAGUCCGUUGCAGAUGCUGAUGCCCGCGGGAGAAUCAGAAGAACCCAACCGUAAUGCCGGAAGGGAAUUGCAGAUAGCGUCCACCUCGGCUCCGUUCAGACUUCCCGAUGAUUGGUUCGUUGAGUUAAAGCCUCGUGGCUCGACCACCAGCUCCACCGGCCGUGUUGACAAGUAUUACUAUGAACCCAGGACUGGACAACAGUUCCGUUCUCUGGUAGCUGUUGAGAGAUACUUGAGAGACAAAAAACAAGAUACACCUACACCUGAUACAGUAAAAGCAAGAAAUGAAAAUACCAUGCAAAUUAGGGACUGCACCAUCUGGAGCACCUCGCCCUUUAAACUACCUGAUGAUUGGGUCAUCAAGGAAAAGCCUCGUAGCAAUAUCAACUAUGCUUGUGUCAUUGACAAGUUAUAUAUUGAGCCAGAAACUGGGCAGCAGUUUCGUUCUUUGAAAGCCGUUGAGAGAUAUGUAACAGAAGCAAAGGAAAAUACUGCAACACCUAAGGCUUCACAGAAUUCUGGUUCAUGGAAGAAAAACAUUUCUAGUAUUAUACGGUCACCAAGAGUUGUGAGCAAACACUGGUUGGAAGCUGAAGAAGAUAACAUUACACUCAAGGCAUUGAAAUUGUGCAACCGUUCAAAAGCUUCGCCGAAUUCUGGUUCAUGGAAGAAAAACAUUUCUAGUAUUAUACGGACACCAAAAGUUGUGAGCAAACAUUGGUUGGAAGCUGAAGAAGAUAACAUUACACUCAAGGCAUUGAAAUUGUGCAACUGUUCAAAACCUUCAAGAAAAUCUGGUUCAAGGAAGAAAUUUGUUUCUAAUAAAGGGGUUAAUACUUCAAUGCUUGAUUGUGCCAGCCCACCAGCAAAGAUAAACUGGGUUCUUUCUGGUCCUGGUGGUGGUAAUGUAUGGAGUGCUUUCAUCAAUGAAUCUAUUGUCCCAGAUUCUGUAAAGCAAAAAUGGUCUGAGAAAUUUAUAACAACCAUCCAUGCAUGAAUUUAAUGACCAAGUUUUCGAGGUAUUUUAGUUCUCCAAAGCUUUAUAAUCCUCAGCACAGUGUUGCUUCCAUUUUCUUCACCUCAUGGAGCAUACUCCUUUCCAGAAUUAUAACUUCUGUUGAUUUUCAAACUUUGUAAUCCCAUCAUUUGUAAAUUUGUUAUUGAGAACUUGUGCAUAUUUAUGAUGUAGGCAUAUAUCUAGAAACACUUGCAACAUGAACACGACGAAUGCAUCCAUUAGGAGGCAAUAAACAUCUAGACCUCCCAUGGAAAUGAAAUCAUGGAAGUCCAUUUUACAUGAUUCAAAUGGAGUCCUUAUUGUUCUGUCAUAUCAUGUUUUUUUAUGGCAUUAGUGUAAUGCAGGCGUGAGGUUCAAGGUGUUGAGGCAUAAGCCUUUUGGACUUUAUGUUCAAAAAUAUAUUAUGUUAAAGAAUUACUAGAAAACAGGAAUUACAUAAUAAUAUGUUAAAAGCCUGAGGCUAACAAUUUUAAAAAAUCCAUGAAACCAUUUUUAAUUUAGAUUCACGUACCUCACUAAUUGUGGUCAGAGAAAACCAUUCUAUAUCCAAAACCUGGGGAUUCAGUCAGAGCACAGAGUUUGUAGAUUUUACACCACAGCAUGUCUUGAUGAAUUUGAAAAUGUUUGGCUUUCUAGAACAGUAUUCAUUGAUAUUUAAGACAAGGGUAAUUCUAUGCAUCAACCU